AUGAAAUUUCCAACUAUUGCCCUCAGUUCUAUCGCUUUGACAUCAUUAGUCAUUGCCGCACCUGCAGCCACCAGUACUGCUAUUGAAUCUGCGCCAUCUGGAGAAGUUACUACUCCUUCAGGUUUAGCUAUCCCAGCGGAUGCUAUUGAUGGUAUUGUUGUUUUGAAAGAUGACCAAGACGUUGUUCUUGCUAACUUUGAUGGUACUCCUGGUUUAGUGCUUGUUAACACUACCAUUGCAAACGGUAUCCUCCUGACUCUUAACGGCACCACUGGUGAACUCACAAAAAGAGACGCUAAUGCCGAUGCUGAAGCCGAUGCCGAAGCCUUAAGAGUCAGAUGGGGAUUCUUUGAACCAUUUGUCAAGCGUGAUGCUAAUGCCGAUGCUGAAGCCGACGCUGAAGCCUUGAGAGUCAGAUGGGGUUUCUUCGAACCAUUUGUCAAGCGUGAUGCUAAUGCCGAUGCUGAAGCCGACGCUGAAGCCUUGAGAGUUAGAUGGGGUUUCUUCGAACCAUUUGUCAAGCGUGAUGCUGAAGCCGAUGCUGAAGCCGACGCUGAAGCCUUGAGAGUUAGAUGGGGUUUCUUCGAACCAUUUGUUAAGCGUGCUGCUAAUGCCGAUGCCGAUGCUGAUGCUUUAAGGGUCAGAUGGGGUUUCUUUGAACCAUUUGUCUGA